AUGUCGCCACAAAAUCCGCCUGCGCAGCCGGAGAGUGGGCGAUCUAGCGAGGGGCGAAUCCACCAGGGAGGUUCCUGUUUUCGUGAUACUUACGUCAGGGAUAAAGCAUAUGUAUUCCAGGGCAACUCUGUAGUCCACAUUUCCGCCCCCUCUAGCUCCCCAGUGGCUACUCGGCCUGAUUUUGAUGGCCACUUCGCGUAUGCUGCGUCCGAGCCCGUCAAAGCGUUCGUCCCACGAAGCAGCCUGCACGACAAAAUACACACGCAGCUCACCCGCGUUGCUACAGAUAACAGCACCAAGACGCUCGUAGUGUGGGGACUAGGUGGGUCAGGCAAGACGCAACUGGUGCUAGACUACACGCAGAAGCGUCGCGAAGAGAAGUACUAUAAGUCGACGAUCUGGAUCGAGGCCGACCGCAAGGAGUCGCUGGAGCGCGACUUUGUGCGCCUGUACCAGAUACUGUUUCCGGAGCACACACCUGCUGGGUCAAAUUCGGAGAUGACGAGCGUAGAGCAUGCCGUGACUGGAGUAAAGAGCUGGUUCGCGGGUCGGCAAGGGCGGCGGCUAAUGGUGUUUGACGGCGCCGAUACAAUUGAGGACGCAAAUGCAGACGGCUAUAUCGACAUCAAGCACUUCAUCCCCAGCACAGCAUCUCUCGAUGUCAUCAUCACAACUCGCAACAGCAGGGCGAAAGAUAUGACGCGUCUAGAGGGGGUGGAGGUGGGCAAGAUGGAGGCAGGACAAGCAGUUGAGCUGUUUCGGAACUAUGCUCAUCUGCCGCACUUUGAUGCGACUGUUAGAGAUGAGGUGAUGCAUAUUGUCAAAAAGCUUGGGUGUCUGGCACUGGCUGUCACGCUUGCUGCCACAUAUGUGGGAUUGACGCCGCGGCUACGGAGCAACAUCAAGGCGUACCUACCUGAAUACCAGCAGCGACGACAGGAGCUGCUUCAACACAAGCCAGAGAGCCUGGUGCAUCAGUACAACAAGAGCGUGCUGACGACGUGGGAGACGUCGUACGCUGCCGUUUCCAACCAGUGUAUUGAGGCAUCAAUUCUGAUGACAAUACUAUCAUUCCUGAGUUCCGACGAGAUAUACGUUGAGCUUUUCUGCCCCGAAACCGAGAAUGGUGUUUUGGAACAAAUAGGUGAGACUGGCGUAAGCUGGAAACGCCUGGUCUCGCCGAAGCAGCCAGUAACCAAGUACAAGAUCGAAGAUUGGUUCAAGGAGCUGGAAAGGUAUUCACUCAUACAGUGGAACGACAAGAAGCAGGGCUAUGUGAUGCACAAGCUAGUACAUGCCUGGGGAUACGAACGGCUCACGACAAAGGAGAAGGGCAAGUACAGUCAGGCAGCGUUUGGACUUAUCAUGGAGACGAUAGAGGGCUGUGGUCGCGUGACAGACAACAAGUUUCGUCUGAUGCCGCGUGUGAUUGCCAAUCUUACCAUUAUGAUUAGAGAGCAAGGAAACAUUGAUAAAAAAGCAGAUAUGCAGAAGGUGGUGCUUGAGAAAUUUUCACGGAUCUUAGGCGAGAACGAUUCUCACACAAUUUGGGCGAUGAGUAACCUUGCCAAAACGCUCAGACAGCAAAGAUACCUAGAAGAGGCGGCAGAGAUGCAGAAGAAGGUUCUAGAGAAGCAGAAGCAGAAAUUGGGUGAAGACCAUCCUUGCACAAUUGGGGCGAUGAAUAACCUCGCCAACACGCUUAGACAGCAAGGUUACUUAGAAGCGGCGGCAGAAAUGCAGCAGAAAGUGCUAGAGAAGCAGACACAGAAAUGGGGUGAAAACCACCCUUGCACAAUUAGAGCAGCACAUAACCUUGCUGCUACGCUUAGCGAUCAAGGAUACCUAGACAAGGCGGUGGAGAUGCAGAUAAAAGUGCAAGAGAAGUGUAGGCAGGUCUUAGGCGAUGACCAUCUUACUACUAUUGAGGCGAGGAAAAACCUCAACAUAACGCUCAACCGGCAGAAACCAAAUAAGAAACAGUGCUCUUAA